UGUUCCUCAGCCAAAGCCUGGACAAAGAGCCAUAUCUUCCAAUCACACUUAACUAUUAAUGAUGUCAAAUAUCAAUGUAUAUUGAAAGGUUCAAUUUCAAGUCUUCUAAUUCUUCAUUUAAUUGUUUACAAACAGGAGAGGAAAAUGAAUAUAUUGAUGAUUUCAACAGCACCAGUCAUCGGUCAGAGAAAAGUGAAGUCAGCAUUGGUGAAGAAAUAGAUGAUAUUUCUAUGGAAAUAGAAGACUUCAUUACUAGUGAAAAGCUUGAAGACCUCACACAAGACUUCACUGUUUCUCAGUUAAGCGUUGAAGCAGAUUACCUAGAGGAUGUUGCAUGAGUAGAGAGCAGA